CCGUCUUAAAAUUCGAAUGCAUCAAAGUCCGCCUGUGAGUCAUUUGAACUAAAAGCAGUUGGUGUAACAGACAACUACUUAAAUGUCAGUCUUCGGCAAUUUUUCAAAAUACUUGAAAUUUCUAUUUCCAGUGCUGAUUUUAUUUUUGUAUAUAAUACCUGCUGAUAAUAUGGCUUUAACUAGGGUUGAAUAUGAGGUGUUCGGACUAGUGCAAGGUGUAUUUUUCCGAAAGUAUACCGAAAGCCAAGCAAAGCAACUGCAGUUACGAGGAUGGGUUAGGAAUACAGCUGCGGGGACUGUUGAAGGUGUCCUUGAGGGCCCAACAAAUGCAGUCCAGGAAAUGAAAAAUUGGUUAGAAACUAAGGGUAGUCCACAAAGUAGAAUUGACAGAGCCAUUUUCAAAAAUGAGGAAGCAAUAAGUGAAUAUACUUUUCAAGACUUUUCUAUUAAGAGAUCCUAGUUAGCCCAAUUAGGUAAUUACAUAUGAUGAAGUGUCAUCAAUUAAUUUAUUUUAAAUUAAUUUAAAUUAAAAUUAUAUUAUAAUAAAAUAUCAAUUUAUUACU